ACUCAGCAGUGUGGUCGGUUUAGAGAAAUGCCCGAAAGCAACGGAAUUGCGAAUCCCAACGAGCAUUUGGAUAUACCCAAGUGGAUCAAUGAGGGAUAUUUCAAAGCUGUACUCGAUAAAGAUGAGCCUAACUAUGCCAAAGUUAUUAACUUUACUCCUGUGGCGGCCAUACCCCCUGGAGAGAACUUUACCUCCAUAAUGCUACGAAUUUAUAUAGAUUUGGAAAUGAAAGAUGGCAGUAAGAAAACAAAAACCUACGUCUUCAAAACAAUGCUGCCAAGUGAAAAGGGCGGCAGCAAUAUUAGCGACAUGGGUCUCUUUCCCAAAGAAAUGAAAAUGUAUGAUAAAUAUUUGCCCGCCUUCGAAGCGCUCUAUAAAGAAGCUGGCUUGUCGAUACAAAUUGCACCGAAAUGUCUGCACACAGAGAUACGCGAAAAUAAUAUUCACUUCAUUUUCGAGGAUCUGGCCGUAAAGAAAUUCAAAAACGUGGACCGCAUUAAUGGACUGGAUAUGCCACAUAUGCAACGAGUUAUGCAAAAAUUGGCAGAGUUUCAUGCAGCCAGUGCCGUUUAUGCUGAGAGACACGGCCCAUUUCCCGAGGAAUUCAAAGAGGGAUUUGUUGUAAUAAACGGAAAAGAGUUCCUAAUUAAAUGUUUUGAAUUUGAACAGAGGCCUUUCAAAGAGGCCAUGGGCAAAUGGGAUAUGAAAGAUGCCGAUAAAUAUAUCAAGAACUUUCCCACAACAGAACAGUUUUGGAAGCACAGCAUCAGCUCUUUGGACGUGGAUCCAAAUGAGUUCAAUGUCCUAAUUCAUGGGGAUUUCUGGUCCAGCAACUUGAUGUGUAAUUAUCUGCCUGAUGGCAACAUUAAUGAAGUCCUUUUCGUCGACUUUCAAAUCGGCAAAUGGGGCAGUCCAGCCCAGGACUUGCUGUUCUUCCUCACACUGUCCGCCGCCAAAGAUAUACGUUUGAAGGAAUAUGAUACUUUCAUCGAGAUCUACUGGAAACGCCUAGUCGAGUGCCUGAAAGUUUUGAAAUAUCAAAAGCCAUUGCCAAAAUUGCGCGACAUACAGAUGUCCAUGUACAAGAAGGAAAAUUCAUUUUACGCCUUCUUUGCUGUUUUGAAUCACUUACCCAUAAUACUUUUUCCUACUGACAAGGACAGCAACCUGCACUCCUUAAUGGCAGAAGGCGAAGAGGGCGAGAAUUACAGAAAGCGUUUAUAUACAAAUCCAGCAUUCGCUGAUGUCAUGAAGGACCUUUAUCCUUUCUACUAUAAACGAGGCAUAUUUCACUUUAGUGACUACGAGUAGGGUGUUUAAAUUAUGGGGAAAAGCUAAUAUACGAUAAUAUAGUAGAACAAUAAAUACACAAACUUGAUAAUGGGAACUUCAA